UUCUCCCCCUCCAGAGAUCCAUUUUUUCUCCUCCAGGUCCUCGGCUGCUGCUCUUCACUUAGAUGGCAUGUUGAGCCUUUUACUGGGCUGUGUUGGUCUGUGAGAAAAUUCAACCUUCAUCUCUUCGCCAUUCGUCACCAGCACACUACCAAAAAAAAGUUCCCUCAUACCCCGCUACGUUCAAAACUUCGGUCUCCUGGCGUUCUUAUCAACUCUCCUUGUCAACUACCUAGUCUGGUUCUCUUGCUUAAAAAUUACUUUGCGAAUCAACUCUAGCCAGAUUGUCUGCGACAACCUCAGAAGGCAAAAUGUCGUUACUACCUCCCGAAGUUCACGCCGCGCUGUCACAGUUGCUGCGCGCGUUGACCACUCCCGACAACACUGUCCGGUCUCAGGCAGAAGAACAACUGAACAAUGACUGGAUACAGGAACGUCCGGACGUUCUUUUGAUGGGGCUGGUAGAGCAAAUACACGGUGCAGAGGAUUCCAGGACGCGUUCGUUUGCCGCAGUGCUUUUCCGACGGAUAGCUACCCGGACAAGGAAGGAUCCCGCUACCAACGAAGUCAAAGAGCUUUUCUCAACCCUCAAACCGGAACAGAGAUUGGUUAUCAGGCAAAAAUUGGUGGAUUGCUUGACCAGCGAGUCCCUUACUGAAGUCAGGAAGAAGACCGGUGACUGCGUUGCGGAGGUUGCGCGGCAAUACACGGACAAUGGAGAGCAAUGGCCCGAACUCCUUUCAAUUCUCUUCCAGGCCAGCCAGUCCCCCGAGGCUGGUCUCCGCGAAUCAGCGUUUCGAAUUUUCUCGACCACCCCCGGCAUUAUCGAGAAACAACAUGGGGAUGCCGUUCUUGGUGUAUUUUCCAAGGGCUUUAAGGAUGAUGACAUCGCUGUGCGCAUCGCAUCCAUGGAAGCAUUCGCCGCAUUCUUCCGGUCUAUCCCUAAGAAAUCACAGUCCAAGUUCUUCCCUCUCAUUCCUGAUGUCCUCAACAUUCUUCCACCUCUGAAAGAGGCGUCUGAGAGUGAUCAGCUAUCUUCGGCAUUCCUAGCUCUGAUCGAGCUUGCUGAGCUCUGUCCGAAGAUGUUCAAGAGCUUGUUCAACAACUUGCUCAAGUUCAGUGUCAGCGUCGUUGCCGAUAAGGACCUCAGUGACCAGGUCAGGCAGAAUGCUUUGGAACUAAUGGCCACCUUUGCCGAUUAUGCACCCAACAUGUGCAAGAAGGACCCCGAUUUCGCCAACGAGAUGGUGACACAGUGCCUCAGCUUGAUGACAGACAUUGGUGUUGACGACGACGAUGCAUCAGAGUGGAAUGCUUCCGACGAUCUUGACAUUGAAGAUAGCGAUCAGAAUCAUGUCGCUGGUGAGCAGUGCAUGGAUCGUCUGGCAAAUAAACUCGGCGGUCAGGUCAUUCUACCUGCCGCAUUCACCUGGAUCCCACAGAUGAUGUCGUCGUCUUCUUGGCGGGAUCGUCAUGCAGCGCUCAUGGCAAUCUCUGCCAUAUCUGAAGGCUGCCGCGAUCUUAUGGUUGGUGAGCUCGAUCAGGUAUUGAGGUUGGUCGGCCCAGCUCUUCAGAACCCGCAUCCUCGAGUCCGGUAUGCCGGCUGUAACGCUCUUGGUCAGAUGAGCACGGAUUUCGCCGGAACAAUGCAAGAGAAGUACCAUGCUCUUGUCCUGAACAACAUCAUCCCGGUGCUUGAGUCUCCGGAACCCCGUGUCCAAGCUCACGCCGCCGCUGCGCUCGUCAACUUCUGCGAAGAGGCAGAUAGGAAGAUCCUUGAGCCGUAUCUCGGGAAUCUCCUGCAGCACCUUGCGCGACUCCUGCAGAGCCCGAAACGCUACGUUCAGGAGCAGGCUCUUUCUACCAUUGCAACUAUUGCAGACUCUGCCGAAGCAGCAUUCAGCCAGUAUUACGACUCCCUGAUGCCCUGGCUUUUCAAGGUCUUGCAGGAGGAGCAAUCCAAAGAAUACCGACUCCUACGUGCCAAGGCAAUGGAAUGCGCGACUCUCGUUGCUUUGGCCGUUGGCCAUGAGAAGAUGGGACAAGACGCUCUGGCCCUAGUACAACUUCUAGGCAGUAUUCAACAGAACAUUGUCGAUGCAGACGAUCCACAGUCGCAGUAUCUUCUUCAUUGUUGGGGCCGCAUGUGCCGCGUCCUGGGAACCGACUUUGUUCCCUUUUUACCAGGCGUCAUGCCGCCGCUUCUCUCAGUCGCGGCAGCCAAGGCUGAUAUCCAGCUGCUGGAUGACGAAGAUCAAAUCGAGCAAGUCGAGCAUGAUGAAGGCUGGGAGCUCGUUCCUCUGAAGGGGAAGAUAAUUGGCAUCAAGACAAGUGCGCUUGAAGAUAAGAACACGGCCAUUGAGUUAAUCACCAUUUACGCUCAAAUCCUGGAGGCAGCGUUCGAACCCUACGUGUUGGAAACCAUGGAGAAAAUAGCUGUUCCUGGACUGGCCUUCUUCUUCCACGAUCCUGUCCGAGUUUCUUCAGCCAAACUGAUACCACAACUUUUGAACUCGUAUAAGAAAGCACAUGGUGGACAAUCACCAGGCUUCGCGGAGAUGUGGAAUAAGGUUGCAGAGAAGAUCAUCGAGGUUCUAAGCGCUGAACCUACAGUAGAUACUCUAGCGGAGAUGUAUCAAUGUUUCUACGAGUCAGUGGAGGUGGCUGGCAAGAACUCCCUCAGCCCACAGCACAUGCAGGCCUUCAUUGAAUCGGCUAAAUCAACACUGGAGGAUUACCAGACCCGCGUGAAGCUCCGUCUAGAUGAAAAAGCCGAUGCGGAAGAUGGUGAUGAGGAAGAUUUGGAUUAUGAAUACGCAAUCGAGGAUGACCAGAAUUUGCUCAGCGAUAUGAACAAGGCUUUCCACACGAUUUUCAAGAACCAGGGAACUUCAUUCUUGCCUGCCUGGCAACAACUUCUUCCCUUCUACGAUGCUUUCAUUACUAGCCAAGAUCCCACCCAGCGGCAAUGGGCUUUGUGUGUCAUGGAUGACGUGUUGGAGUUCUGUGGUCCAGAGUCAUGGACCUACAAGGACCACAUCAUGCGGCCUCUCGCUGCUGGAUUGCUGGAUGAAAAUGCAGCAAACCGCCAGGCGGCUGCAUACGGGGUGGGUGUCGCUGCUCAGAAGGGAGGGCCUGCCUGGAGUGAUUUCGUCGCUGCUAGCAUCCCCAGUCUCUUCCAGGUGACACAUCAUCCCCAGGCAAGAUCUGAGGAGCAUAUCUUCGCAACAGAGAAUGCUGCGGCCAGUAUCUCUAAGAUCCUUCACUAUAACCCGUCCAAGGUGCAAAACCCACAAGAGAUUGUGGUGAAUUGGAUUAACACCCUACCGAUCACGAAUGAUGAGGAGGCCGCUCCUUACGCAUAUUCCUUCAUUGCACAACUCAUUGACCAACACAAUCCCGCUGUGUUUUCCAAUGCGGCCAAGGUCUUCGGAUAUAUAGUUCAGGCUCUGGAUGCCGAGACUUUACAAGGCCAAACGGCCCAACGAGUAGCUAACUCGGCGAAGCAACUUGUUGUAGCUGCCACAGGAGUGAAUGCCGAACAGAUUCUCGCAGGGGUGAACCCUGACAACCAGGCCGCUGUGCGGAGCUAUUUCCAGUAGAGAAGCAAGAUGAUAGAACCCUGGUGGUGGAUCAUGUGUUGGAAUGAUUUCUGUGGUUUCUACAAUGAGUGGCAGCCGUUUCUUCCCUUUCUUCACUUUUAAUCGAUGCCUUUGUAUUUGCAAUUUGACCUUGACAGCCUUUACGUACAUUUGUUCUCGGUCACCCAUUCCGCUUAGUCGCCUUAGUUUCAUUGUGUGUGUGCUGUCGUCCAAGGGGGCCUUCUUGUCGAUUUUCUCUAGUAUCAUCUUGAAUUGAAUAUGGCCCUAGAAAUUAGCCCGGUGAGAUAUCGAUAUUGCAGCUGGGAUUCUGUUAUGUCGUUCCAUAUAUCCAUAACCAGCCUAGUCGGACACAGGCUUGUAACCUAUUGAUGGAUGUUUAAGUAAUAAGCUAGUAAGCAGCCAUGAAUACUCAGUCAAGCAUUGUUUCUCGCGUGUAUACGAUUCCAACUGUGUCACCGAUUCCACUCCUCAACCUUCUCACACAUACCAUCCAAGCUCGUGAAGGGGGGCGAGUAUCCCAACCAUCCAUCGUC